UUUCAACAUGCCACUACCCAAAUCAAGUUUCCUUCGUUUUAUAUCUUUCACAGUGCUGUAAUUACAUCAGCCAGCAAUUACUCAGCAGCUGGUCGGCACCUGUUCCUAGUCCAACCUUAACAAAACCAAAAACAAAAUAGUGUUCUUUUACCUUCGACUCCGAACUUUCUCUAUCUAUUCACAUCCUGCCGCGUGUAUUGGUGUACUAUCGCCAACACCCCCUUGGUUUUUAACUCUUCAUCCUUCCUUCUUUCCUUCUUCCCAUGGCGAUCCAAGGUGUUUUCUGUUAGGCCCUUUUUCACCCAUUUCCACACAAAAAGUCUUAGGCUUGAGCUUCGGUAGUUUGCCACAAUGGAAAGCCUUGGAAGCUUAGGGUUUAGUAAUGUAAGCACUGCCACAAGGAAGAAAAGGAGUAGUGUGUCCCGUCGUCCUCGGAGUGAGUCACAGCCUCAUACGGAGUUCCAUGAUUUGUCUUCCUUGUCAUCCACACCACCUUCAGACAAUAACGUGGUCAAUGUUGAAGAUGAAGCAUAUGAGGACUCUGACGAAGCUUCCAAUGAUGGUUCUUUCCAAGGCAGCAGUGACCGGAGGCAUGGGAGAGUUGAUUCAAAAAGAAGCAGUGAAGGUGUCCUUGCCCCAACUAAUUGGAAAAGUACGAGUAUGGCAGGAAGUUUCGGAAGUGUUUCAGAUGGAUUAGAAAAUGAGAAGAAAGUCAAGAAAGUUAAACUUAAGGUUUGUGGCGUUACACAUACCAUUGAUGCCAAAUCUGUAGGUGAUGGUGCAUCUGGUGCUGGGUCUUCUUCUUCAAAAUCCUCUCGCUUUUCGGAUACCCCUCGAUCACUGAAGAAAUCAAGUAUUAAGGACAACCCUGAUGACCACUCCUUUACAUCAGAGAGGGAUAGCACUUUGCAUGGGGUUCGAUGGAAGGAUUUCUCAAGAGGUGAUUUAGGUGUACGGCAGGCAGAUCAUGCAACAGGUAGGGUGCCUGCUGACAAUAUCUCAACAAAGGAAAUAGACAAGCAUGAACCAGUUCGUAAGAGUAAGCGAGUUCCUAAGAAACGCUCAUUAGAAGGUGUGCUUGAUGAUGAGGAUGAUGAUGAUGAGAUUCGAUACCUUGAGAAGGUCAAAACAGCCAGAUUAACUGCCGAUUAUGGUAUAGAACAUGGAGAAGAUGGAGGAAGAAAACAGCUGAAGAUAUCAAAGGUAGCGACUAGGAAUAUUGAUGGUCUUUAUGGCUUAGAUGUUGGAGAUUAUGGUUCGUCAAGAAUAAGCAAGGAAGCUAAGAAGUCAAGAUCAGGAAGAACCUCUGAAGAUACUGAUUAUGUGGAAGAGGACGAAGAAUCAGUUUCAGAUGUUGAGAUAGAAAAUAGGAGAAAGAAAACCAAAAAGGAGGUUGUUGAUUUCCUGGUGGACUCUAAGAAGGAAAUGACUGUUACUACGCGUCAGCGAGCACAGCAAGCUGGCAAAGAUCACUCUUCUAAUUUUGGUAUUGCUCCAAUCGAGUUCCCAAAUGGAUUGCCUCCAGCUCCACCCAAAAAGCAAAAAGAGAAACUCUCUGAAGUGGAGCAACAACUGAAGAAAGCUGAGGCUGCUCAGAGACGUAGGGUGCAGGUCGAGAAGGCAGCUAGGGAAUCUCAGGCUGAAGCUAUCAGAAAAAUUCUCGGCCAAGAUUCAAGUAGGAAGAAACGAGAAGAUAAGAUAAAAAAGAGGCAAGAAGAAAUGGCACAGGAAAAAGCUACAAAUUCUAUGAUACUUGCAUCAGACACCGUAAGAUGGCUUAUGGGGCCUUCAGGAACAGUUGUAACAUUCCCCAAUGAGGUUGGUUUACCAAGUAUAUUCGAUCCUAAGCCUUGCGGUUACCCUCCACCUCGAGAGAAAUGUGCGGUUCCGUCUUGUACGAAUCCAUACAAGUACCGAGAUUCAAAAUCAAAGCUUCCCCUUUGCAGCCUUCAAUGCUACAAGACAAUGCAUGAAAAGAUGUCUGCCCUUACUGCCUGUUAGUGAAAUGCACUACCAAAACAUCAUUUCUGUGUGUAUAUAAGUUGUGUAAGGGAUAGUUUAUUUAUGAUACAAUGCUAAUAUCUGGAGUAUAGGAGAGAGGGUUAGGUUACAUACAAUUCAAUAAGGACUUGAAUGUCCCAUUUGUACACUACAGUAUAGUGUUGUGAUAUUUGUAUGAACCCAUUUUGUUGAAUAUGAUAUAGUUGAGAUUGAGAGAGCUGAGAUAAA